AUGUUCAACCGGAAGAGGCUGGCUGUGGCCAUCGAUCAACGUGAAAAUUCUGUUGCUCAAGUGUCAGAUUGUCACAACGCAUACAUCUACGACCAUAACAGUCACAACGCAUACAUCUACGACCACAACAGUCACAACGCAUACAUCUACGACCACAACAGUCACAACGCAUACAUCUACGACCACAACAGUCACAACGCAUACAUCUACGACCAUAACAGUCACAACGCAUACAACUACGACCACAACAGUCACAACGCAUACAACUACGACCACAACAGUCACAACGCAUACAUCUACGACCACAACAGUCACAACGCAUACAUCUACGACCACAACAGUCACAACGCAUACAUCUACGACCACAACAGUCACAACGCAUACAUCUACGACCAUAACAGUCACAACGCAUACAUCUACGACCACAACAGUCACAACGCAUACAACUACGACCAUAACAGUCACAACGCAUACAUCUACGACCACAACAGUCACAACGCAUACAACUACGAAUAUAACAGUCACAACGCAUACAUCUACGACCAUAACAGUCACAACGCAUACAACUACGACCACAACAGUCACAACGCAUACAACUACGACUACAACAGUCACAACGCAUACAGCUACAACCACAACAGUCACAACGCAUACAACUACGACCACAACAGUCACAACGCAUACAACUACGACCACAACAGUCACAACACAUACAACUACGACCACAACAGUCACAACGCAUACAGCUACAACCACAACAGUCACAACGCAUACAACUACGACUACAACAGUCACAACGCAUACAGCUACAACCACAACAGUCACAACGCAUACAACUACGACCACAACAGUCACAACGCAUACAACUACGACCACAACAGUCACAACGCAUACAUCUACGACCACAACAGUCACAACGCAUACAACUACGACCACAACAGUCACAACGCAUACAACUACGACCACAACAGUCACAACGCAUACAACUACGACCACAACAGUCACAACGCAUACAACUACGACCACAACAGUCACAACACAUACAACUACGACCACAACAGUCACAACGCAUACAACUACGACCACAACAGUCACAACAAUAAUAACAAUGAAUACAACUGCAACAACACUAAUCAGAAUUAA